CUGCCCUCUCGUCAACUGACUGUCUUCCUGGUUAGUGUGAAGCACUUGUGUUCUCAUCUUUAGUCUGAAGAAGAUGGACAAACUGUCUGUUCUGCUGACAGUUCUCUGUCUGCCCUGUUUGAACAGUCAGGCCAUGGAGUCCAUUCCCUCUGCUUCAGUGCUGAAAAAGCCUCAGGAAGCCCUCAGUCUUUCCUGCAGGGGAACUGGAUUUGAUUUCAGUCAGUAUGGAAUGCACUGGAUCAGACAAACUGCAGGAAAAGCACUGGAAUGGAUGGGGCUUAUUUACUUUGAUGCAAGUAAAACAAAUUAUGCCAGCAGUUUUCAAGAACGUAUAGAAAUCACCAGAGAUAACAGCAACAGCAUGGUGUAUCUGAGACUGUCCAACCUAAAGCCAGAGGACUCUGCUGUGUAUUACUGUGCCGGAUGGGGUAGUGGCGCUUUUGACUACUGGGGAAAAGGCACGAUGGUCACAGUCACAUCAGCCACUUCAACUGGACCAACUGUGUUUCCUCUGACACCAUGUGGUUCUGGGACUGAAGACAUGGUCACUCUUGGCUGCCUUGCCACCGGCUUCACACCCUCCUCACUGACUUUCACAUGGAACAAAAAUGGGGCUGCCUUGACGGACUUCAUUCAGUACCCUCCAGUACAGAAAGGCAAUGCCUACACAGGAGCCAGUCAAAUCCAAGUGAGGAGACAGGACUGGAAUGAAAGGGACACUUUGCAGUGUGCUGUGACACAUGCUGCGGGAAAUGCACAAGCUGUUGUCCCUCCACCAACACGUAAGACCAUUGAUGUCCCUCCAAAAAUCACACUGCACCAUGUCUGGCAAGGUGAAUGGGGGGCCUCACCAGUCAGACUCAUCUGCACCCUAAGUGACUUCUUUCCGAACAAACUGAAUGUGGAGUGGCAACGGGACAACCAACCUCUAAAAACUGCAACAAUUGAAAGGAAACUGCAGAGUGUGGAGGCAAAGAACAAAACCUUCAGUCUAAGCAGUGAGAUUGUGCCAAAUAUGGCAGAGUGGGAAACCGGCUCAAAUUUCACAUGCAAGGCCACUCACAAUGAAAAUGAAUUUCAAGAAACAAUAAAUAUUUGUAAAAUCCAAGCAAACAGCUCUCCAUCAAUUCAUGUGGAGAUUCCCAGCUUCAAGACUGUCAUGAUGGCAACAUCACCAGUGAAAGCAACAUGUUCUGUCCACACUGUUUUUAAGGCAGAGGUGACCUGGCAGAUGGAUGGAAACGUUGUAGAAAGUAGCAAAGUGGAAAAGGCUGCAAAUAAAACUCAUAUAAUCAGUCAUGUGACCGUUCCCUUAAGUGAGUGGAAACUACUGAAUCGUUUGACAUGUAAAGCUGAACAUAGAUGUUUCUCAUCCACUGUCCCCUCAAUGGGUGUGAAUGUUUCAGUGUCUGCAGUUACAGCUCCAUCAGUGGAGAUCAGGAGAUCUCUCCCAGAUUUGCUGAAGGGUGCAAGUGCUGUGUUUGAGUGUGACAUCAAAAAUGUCUCCUCCACUGACCUCUACGUCACCUUUAAGGCCAACAAUACUGAUAUCUCUGAAAAACAGUUUGUUGAGCUUCCUGAAGCCACAGGCCUCUAUUCUAUCACUAGACAUUUCUCUGUCCCUGAAAUUUACUGGAAGAAAGACACAACUUUCACCUGCAAAGUCCAUCAAGGCUUUUCCAAAAGCUUCACAUCAAAUCCAAUUGGCAAUAUUUUUGUGGACCCAUCUGUGGAACUUCUUCUGGUCCCCAGUCAAGAGUCAGGACCACAGAGACUCUUAUGCUCAGGAUGGGGCUUCAACCCUCAAAUUAAAUGGCUUCCUGAGUCUCAGCAAAGAACUUCUUUGAAGAAUGACCUCACCAUGGGAGCAGAUGGACAUGUGGCAGUAACCAGUCAACUUCAUAUCCCUCAAACAGAGUGGAAAACAGGGAAGGUCUUUACAUGUCAAGUGUCUGACAGGUCUCUGAAUAAAAAUGUCAGCAAGGAAAUCAGCAUCUGUUCAGUAAUUCCAGCAUCAUCUCAGAUAGUUGGUGUAUAUGUUCAAGGACCACCGCUCCAGCAGUUUCACAACAAGGAACAGGUGACUAUCACCUGCCUUCUGGUUGGCCCUCGUCUUAAUGAUUUCUCCAUUACCUGGAAGGUUGAUGGGGACAAAUAUUCUCUGAAUGUCCACACGGAGCCACCAGUGAGUCACAGCAAUGGGACAGAGACUUUGCGGAGUUUCCUCAAUGUGUCAGCAGAGGACUGGCACGCAUAUAAACAAGUGUCUUGUGAAGGAAAGCACCAAUGCUCCAGUCAGAGCUACAAGGACCAUAUACGCAAAAGCAGAGACCUCUAUAGACCAACAGUGAAGAUAAUACAACCAACUGCCUCUGAGCUGUCUACAUCAGACACCCUCACACUUACUUGCCUAGUUUCUGGAUACUUCCCACCCAGUGUCAUAGUGUACUGGGAGGAGAAUGGCCUGACACUCCCAUCAUCUCGCUACACCAACGGUGCUGAAUGGAAAUACUCAGGGAGCAUCGCUUAUUCAAUGACCAGCAGACUAAACGUAUCCAAAACUGAAGACAAGAGCUCUACAUAUUCUUGUGCUGUUAGACAUGAGUCAUCUGAAACUCCUUUUGAAAGCACUAUAAAGAAUGUGUUCGCCACAGUGACCCACAGCAAACCUUCAGCCACCUUGCUCCAGGGAACAAAUGAACUUGUGUGCCUGGUGAUUGGCUUCAGCCCUGCAUCCAUUAACAUCACUUGGUCUCUUGAUGAAUCCAUGGAACUGCUGCACUACAACACUAGUGAGCCCCAAAGAGGCCAGAACGGAAAGUUCAGUAUCCAAAGCCGCCUUCGUCUUUCUCAAAUCACCUGGUUACCUGGGGGAGUCAUCACCUGCAGGGUGACACAUGCAAACACCACCUUAUCCCUGAAUGUAACAAAACCAGACACCUUGGAGCGCUGUAAUUUCUUCGAUGAUAUCAUGCAUGCUGAUGUGACUCAAGACACAGGUGUGGAAAGCUGGUAUAUGGCUUUCGCUUUUCUCCUGUUUUUCCUCAUCUCUGUCAUCUACAGUGUCGUGGCUACCAUAGUUAAGGUACGAUAA